AGGAAUAAAUUUGAGAGCCUUCCCAAGGUAAGCUUCAUGACUAGCCAUAUGAAAUCACUGAAAUACUUGGACAUGAGCAACAACUUGCUGCGUCACGAUGCAGCUGAUGUGCAGUGCCAAUGGGCUGAGUCUCUGACAGAGUUGGACCUGUCUUCAAAUCAGUUGACGGAUGCUGUGUUUGAGUGCUUGCCAGUCAAUAUCACAAAACUCGACCUACAAAACAAUCAGAUCAGCAGUGUCCCCAAGGGGAUGGCUGAGCUGAAAUCCUUGAAAGAGCUGAACCUGGCAUCGAACAGGCUGGCUGACCUGCCGGGGUGCAGUGGCUUUACAUCCCUGGAGUGCCUGAACAUAGAGAUGAAUUUGAUCCUCACCCCAUCUGCCGACUUCUUCCAGAGCUGCCCAAGGGUCAGGGAGCUACAAGCUGGGCACAACCCGUUCAAGUGCUCCUGUGAACUGCAAGACUUCGUCCGCCUGGAGAGGCGGUCUGGGGGGAAGCUGGCUGGCUGGCCGGCGGCGUACAUGUGCGAGUACCCGGAAGACUUGCGAGGAACGCAGCUGAAGGACUUCCACCUGACUGAACUGGCUUGCAACACGGUGCUCUUGCUUGUGACAGCUCUGGUGCUGACGCUGGUGCUGGUGGCUGUCGUGGCCUUUCUGUGCAUCUACCUGGAUGUGCCGUGGUACCUGCGGAUGACAUGGCAGUGGACGCAGACGAAGCGGAGAGCGUGGCACAACCACCCCGAAGAGCAGGAGACCGUUCUGCAGUUUCACGCAUUCAUUUCCUACAGCGAGCGCGAUUCGUUGUGGGUGAAGAACGAGCUGAUCCCGAACCUGGAGAAGAGGGAGGGCUGUGUACAGCUGUGCCAGCAUGAGAGAAACUUUAUCCCCGGCAAGAGCAUUGUGGAGAACAUCAUUAACUGCAUUGAGAAGAGCUACAAGUCGAUCUUUGUGUUGUCUCCCAACUUUGUGCAGAGCGAGUGGUGUCACUAUGAGCUGUACUUUGCCCAUCACAAAUUAUUCAGUGAGAAUUCCAACAGCUUAAUCCUCAUAUUACUGGAGCCAAUC